AUGUCUUGUCAAAGGGGGAUUCCGCCGGACACGCAGAGACACAGAGCAGCUCGUCAGCUCACCCGUCCGAAGUAUCCCGCCAGCCGGUCCGUCUCAAGCAGCUCGUCAGCUCACCCGUCUCAAGCAGCUCGUCAGCUCUCCCGUCCGAAGCAGCUCGUCAGCCGGCCCGUAUCAAGCAGCUCGUCAGCUCACCCGUCUCAAGCAGCUCGUCAGCUCUCCCCUCCGAAGUAUCCCGCCAGCCGGUCCGUCUCAAACAGCUCGUCAGCUCACCCGUCUCAAGCAGCUCGUCAGCUCACCCGUCCGAAGUAUCCCGCCAGCCGGUCCGUCUCAAGCAGCUCGUCAGCUCACCCGUCUCAAGCAGAUCGUCAGCUCACCCGUCUCAAGCAGCUCGUCAGCUCUCCCCUCCGAAGUAUCCCGCCAGCCGGUCCGUCUCAAGCAGCUCGUCAGCUCACCCGUCUCAAUCAGCUCGUCAGCUCUCCCCUCCGAAGUAUCCCGCCAGCCGGUCCGUCUCAAACAGCUCGUCAGCUCACCCGUCCGAAGUAUCCCGCCAGCCGGUUCGUCUCAAGCAGCUCGUCAGCUCACCCGUCUCAAGCAGCUCGUCAGCUCACCCGUCUCAAGCAGCUCGUCAGCUCACCCGUCUCAAGCAGCUCGUCAGCUCACCCGUAUCAAGCAGCUCGUCAGCUCACCCGUCCAAAGUACCUCGUCUGCCCAUCCAUCUUGAGUAACUCGUUUACUCGUCCGUCCGAAGUGUCUCUCCGACCUGCCCGCCCAAAAUAACUAACCUACUCGCACGUCUCGAGAAGCCAUCCAGCUCGUCGCACAUCUGCCGGCUCGUCAAUUACCUGCCGACCUUCCUCCAAUAAUGGCCUAGCUCGUUUAUCACAAUAUGAACUACGUGUGGCUUGAUCCCUUUCUAAGGGUACGUAGGCAACCUUUUACAAGGUUCAGCUAUAAAACGAAUAAACUCUAUUCUUCCUCGGAAGAUCGUCUUCCGGCCUCAAGCUCGUCUUUCAUCUACAAUCGGCUCGUUCUUACUCCAUUUAUGCUCGUUGAAGAAAUCAUCAUUUGUAAUCCGUCCAAUCCGCCUAAGUCGCGGGCUCGUCAUUAAUAGAAAGAUUCUUCUUCCUUCCCUAGAGAUCCCAUUUUCGUACUUGUGUGAUUCGUGCAUCAACAGCUACCAUAAACUAUUAAUUGUAGUGAGUAAGUGGACUUUAGAUUCAUAUAGAGUUAUGCGAUUCGGUUGAACGUAUCAUACGAAUCUCAGUGUCUACCUAAUUAAUACACAUAUAAUGCAAAAAGAACAAACGCAUACUAUAGAUGAUAAGACGUGAUUGGACACAUUAAACACAUAGUUUACGGCAUUACAUAAACCGAUACACAUAAUUAAUUACGUGUUACUUCUGUGGCGUGUAGUAGAAAGACUAGCUGCAUAUGGCACCUAAUUAAUACUCAUAUAUGGUUCAUGCGAAAUGCUGAUAUGUAUAAGGUAAUAUAUACCACCACUUUGGUACCACAAUGCAACAUCUAAAUUCGAUUAUGAUAAGCUAUGAUAAGCUAUCUUCUCAAUAUCAAUUAAUCGCUUCUUUAUUCUAAUACCACUCCUUAAUAUAUGCCUAUCAUAUCAUUAUUUCACAACGCAUGUUUACUUUUGUUAUGAAAUAGUUUUGUUUAAAGGGUGGUAACGUAAUUUAUGGGUUCCAUUAGGAUUGUGAUUUAUUUUCUCUCCUCAUCCUUAUGCAUGUAAGAAUUUGCAUUUUUAUAAAUAUAUACUAUGAAUUCAGUCCAACCUUACAGUGUGAACAAUUUAAUUAAACGAAGCAUAAUCCUAAAAGAAAAUAAAACUAAAAAAAAAUAGUUAAGAUGGUAUAAGAUAAUUUUAUUAAGUUAAGAUGUUGCACUUUUCACUAAGUAAAUCAAACAUUUACAUAGUGAUUUGUCAUAAUGUGCAUAUUCCAUUUUUUCGGGUCUUUCAUUUCCA